AACAACAGCUGGCAGCAGUUAAAGAUGGCCGCCGCAACCAUGGUGGGGCUCGAUGGCCACAGGAUGGAGGAAAAGAAGUUCGAAUACUUCUCCUCCAUCAACUCCAUGGCCAAGAAAAUAAUGCAGGAGCGGGAGAAAAUCAAAGCCAACCACGGCUCGUCCUGGGAGAAAAUGACGCCGCAAGAGCAAGACAACGCCAUCGACAACUGGAUGAUGGACCCUCAUAUCCGAGCCCGAUACGCUAUGCACAGAGUAGACCGUGAUGAAGUGGUCUGUUACCCCAAACUGCUCAUUCAGACGGGUCAGAAGAUAGUUCAUUUCGGCGAAGAGGAUAUUACCUGGCAAGAUGAGCACUCUGCGCCCUUCUCAUGGGAGACCAAGAGUCAGAUGGAGUUCAGCUUGACAUCAGGCUCUGCAGACCAGGGGAUCUCUGUCUCACAGGCCGACUCGAAGGCUGCAAAGGUUCCUCAUUCCAGCCAGCUUGGCAAAAGUACACCAGGAACCAAGGUGUCUGUCAGCGAGGGACGGCGGCCAGAGGAGGAGUCGUCUUUCUGGAAGAUCAGCGCUGAGAGGUCCAGGCUGGAGGGAGAGCAAGCUGACUUCCAGUCCCUGACACCCAGCCAGAUCAAAUCCCUAGAAAAAGGAGAGAAAUCUCUUCCCUCCUAUCUCCGACAAGAGUCCUCGGUCUCCUCCAAGGAACCUGAGGCACCGGAGUCCCAUCCUCCACCUCCUGCCAGGUCCACCAAGCAAAGAGCACCCAAGCCCCCUGCUCCACAGCCUCCUAUCCCAGCCGCUGUUAGCGCGACGCCGGCAUCCAUCUCCAUCUCGCCGAACCCACCCCCACCCGUCAGCGUCUCUUCUUCAGUUGCGGGCUGGGAGAGAUCUCAGAGCACCCUGCCGUCGGUCAGCAACACCCUGGAUGAGAUGUUCUCCUCCAGCCUGAUGUCCAAGCCUUCCAACCUCUCUGCCAACGUGGAGAAAGAGAAGCAGGAAGAGGGUUCAUCCAACAACAGCCCCACCUUUUCUCAGUUUAACACGAGCAGCAACAUCCUGAAGACUGGAUUCGAUUUCCUAGACAACUGGUAAGCCACAACCGAGAGCAGCCACCGUUCUGAAUGAGUCAUCCUCAUCAUCACUUUGAAGAAGGACCACACUGCCAUGACUACAGACGUCCACGUCUAGAUUUAAGAGACACCAUCCUUUAAAACGACCACGUUAUGUUCUUGUAAUCAUCUUCAGUGGCUUGUUAAGACAUUAUCUCACCGCCUGUGUGCUGGUGUUUUUUGGGUUUUCUUUUUUUUUUCCUUGAAUAGAAGUGCACCCUUUUCCUUUCAGACUAGGAUCGAAUCUUUUGAACUUUUUGCCAAACCCCUCCUGAUUUUACACUUGCUAUGAAGAGCUAUGGUACGCAGAAAACUAUUGUAAUUAGUAGGGGAAUAAACUAGAUCCAGUGGCUUUUAUUGUUCAGUCGUAGCAAAAUGUUCUAUUUGUGGCCACCUUUUUUUUUUGUAAACCACUGUGCACAUUGGCCACUUAUCCCUGCUAAUUAGGGUACCAUGAUGAUUGUGUUGCCUGCAGUGAGAAUGCACAGUGACUUGGCUGCAUUCACACGUAGCUCUUAGACACUAAUCUAGCAAAGAGCAGAUUUGUACCACAAGCAUGUUACGAUUUCAAACACUAACACCCUUGUCCAUUUUUUUUUUUUUUAAGUUGUAUUGUUUGUUAUGAAGAUUUUUUUUUGCUCUGCUUUUAUUUAUACUUACGAUAUAUAUUCUAUUAGAGUUGAAGUAGUGCUCAGUGCUGCAGUCCCGGCCCACAUAGUGCAAUUACUUACAGACAGUGUUCCUGCUGGUCAUGGAAUUCCUGGGAUAUCAUGGAAUUAUGAUGUUGGGAAGUGGAAAUCGUGGAAUUUUACUAUUAUAUGACUUCGCUGAAUUAUUGCAGAAUGUUUUUCCAACUUUUAUAAAUUCACGGAACUAGUUUAUUGGUUUCAGCCAAGUGAAAACCAAACUGUUCUCUUUGCCAUUUGAAAAAAAAAAAAACAACAGGAGGGAAUAACAGCCAUGGAAGUACAUACACUUAGUCUUGGAAAAUUCAUGGGCUGUAUGUCCGGGCUGCCGUGGGAACCUGUUACAGAUGUCCUGUAUGGUUUUAGCUCCUUGCCAACACUUCCUCACUGUAUCACCCCUUUCACCUUUGACCUCAAACUAGCGCCGAACAAAGCUAGUGCGCAUCGGUAAAGACACUCAAACGCUGUGUUGUAGCUAAACGGGCAGGUGUGUAGUGGUUGGUAGCACUUGUGUCAGACCUAAAGUCUAGUAUACGACUAGAGUACUAUUUUACUGAAUUUUCUAUAUAUCCGCUGAUUGUAUCUUCUGCUAUACCUGUGUAUUGCACUCUUGCAUUUUGAGGUCACAGAUUGGAAGGAAGUAAAUAAAUUAAACCUGUUACUUGUC